AUGAAAAGUGCUGCCUUAGGCUUAGUUAAAGAACUCUUCGAUCACCUUUCCAACUGUCGCGUUAACCAGAUUACGACGUUCACGGUGCUUCCUGACGAAUUAUACCCUUACAAUGAGUCAAAAUUUCUGCAUGUCAACGAAACCGCUGUUGAUGAAAUCAUUUGCUCAAAAUCAACAUAUUUAAACCUUUUCUGCGAAGGUCGCCAAUUCCUGAACAGUGAGAGCUCUAAGAACGGUAAUUACCUUGCUACCUUCUGCAUUUUGUCCGUGACACCAGAAGAUCGUAAAGUGCUUCUUCAACAUGAGAAUUUGGUACUUAGACGUUUGAGAGGGAACUCAUGUAAUCAAUGGAAGGCUGACAAAGUGUCUCAGGCCUUUUUCCAGAUAGAGUUGCAAGCAAUCACUCUUCUGCUCACUUGUUCAGUGAAUAGGGUGAACAAAUCUUCGUCUCUCUGGCUUUAUUUCAGAAAAUUGUACGUCUUAGCCCACGAGUUGUUUCCUUCAAUAAUAGUAAAUCAUUCUGGCCUCUUCCUACAGUCUGCCUCCCGCCACGCCUCAAAUUAUUACUGUUGGAACACGUUUCGCUGGAUUUACGAUUUACAGAUUCAGAAAACCAAGGACGCACUCUUGGACACGCUAUGGAAAUUUUGCUUUAGCCAUUCAAUGGACAGUUCUUCUUGGUGGGCUCUAGGACAUGCGCUGCUGGGCUCAACAGACCUUUCACAGCUAUCAAUUGAGGACUAUAGUGCGUUGAGGGCAAAGUUGAACUUACCAAAGCACGAUAAAUCUUAUGCUAAGUUGAGACUUGCAUCGGAGACCACUGGAUGGACCUGUAUGCAAAAGAUUGUGACCUUUAUCGACUCAGCGGAGGUACGGCAUUGGCCAGCAUUUGGUUGUUUGGCGAGGCUGUUACCGUCACUAGAUUUGUUGUCUCGAAAUCAGCUACUUGAAGGGUGGUCGUCUGCAAUUCAAAAGUUUGAAGGCGAGAAUUUCAAGAUAGACGAAAGGUCCAUUACAAAAGCUAUUUACGGCUCUGAGAAUGACUUGUUGUUGCAAAGAUCACUAGAGACACUUCAACUCAAAAAAAAAUACUUGAUUUCAACGACAAGUUGA